UUGUACUUUCUGAUUUAUAAUCUGAAAAAUUAAUCAGAUUAUACGAAGACGCCGUCCCAAUCGUCUCCUUCGUCCGACCAUCGUCCGUUGUAGGCGACGAUCAUACGAAGACGCUCGCCGCGCCGCGCCCUCGUUAUCCUUUGAAGUGAAGCACAACUGCGCUCUCCCUAUGCAGCAAGCUCUUUUUGUAUCGACUGCGUCGCAGGUGACAUCAACCAUUGUUGUCUCUCCUGCCUACGCCCCCUUCAUAUUCGCCGGAACUUCAUCCUAGCUAUCGUAAAGAGUUUAGAAGAGCAUGUCGUUUCCAUUUUUACCUUCCAAGCAUUCUUAUGAAAGAAAUCCCUUUGAGUUGAAUGGGAGGGGAAAAUGGCAAAAGACAGGACCUCAUUCAAAAAAGCAGAAACAGCUAAAAGCUCCUCCUGGGGCUACCAUGUUCCGUAUUCUUUGUCUUGCAUCAAAAUCUGGCAGUUUUGUUGGUGACAGUGGAGAAAUUGUUGCAAGGAUACAGAAAGAGACUGGUGCCAAAAUUAGACUUGAAGAAAUUGUUUCUGGCUGUGAUGAGAGAGUUAUUCUUAUCACUGGAUCAGAGAAAUAUGCAGCACUUGGCAAUGAACCUAAAAAAGAAGAUGAAGUUUCUGAAGGUAGUGAUAAUCUCAAGGAAAGUGCUGAGAAUGUUGGUGAGUCCGAGGAUUCUUCUGCUCCAGAAAGCACAAAGGUAGGUUGUCUACAUGGGAAGGGUGGGAGUGUUAUUAAGCAAAUAUCAGCAGACAGUGGGGCCCAGAUUCGUAUACUUCCAAAAGACAAACUUCCUUUGUGCGGCACACAGCUGGAUGAAAUUGUCCAGAUAACUGGAGGAGUUGAUUCAGUGAAGAAAGCUCUGCAUUUAGUUGGUCAGCAACUCCUAGAUAACCCAACACGUGAACGUGAUUCUUUUCCUCUGGCAAAUUCUUCUGGUCCCUUGUCACAUCCAUUCGCUUCUAUUCCUCAGUCAGAAGAUUUCCUCCACCAAAUUUUCAUUAUCCUCCUCAAGGACCCCCUUUCUCCAACAGGCCCCAUGACAUGCCUGACUUCCAUCCAGGCAUGGGCCCACCUUUUCCUAAAUUUCAUGAAAGUGGACCACCCAUACAUCCUCAAAUCUCUCCAGAGCCCAUCACUUUCAGGUUACUCUGCCCUGCUGAGAAGGUCGGGAGUGUGAUAGGGAAGGGAGGGAACAUUGUGAAAACUCUUCAAAGUGAAACUGGUUGUGAAGUUAAAGUUACAAAGACAAAUCCUGAAUCAGAGAAUCGUAUUAUAAUCAUAUCUGGUGUUUCAGUUA